AAUGCUGCUGCCUCCUGGAGCCGAAGGAGGCAGGAGAGGAGGGAGGGAGCCGAGGGGCAGGGAGGGGGAGGCGGCACUUCAGCUGCAGCUUGCUAGCUGAGGCUUCUCGCUUAGCUCCAGGAGGGACGGGGAAAGGCAGCCGCGGAGUAGGAUGCUCUGCGGGGCGCCCUGAGCCCGGGGCGCGUGAAGCUGUUUCAGGGGCCGGGGCAGCCUGGCAGUUCUCACCAUGCAUCAGUCCCUGACUCAGCAGCGGUCCAGCGACAUGUCCCUGCCCGAUUCCAUGGGAGCCUUCAACCGAAGGAAAAGAAAUUCCAUCUAUGUUACCGUGACUUUGCUUAUUGUGUCCGUGUUAAUUCUCACCGUGGGCCUUGCUGCAACCACUAGGACCCAGAAUGUGACUGUCGGAGGUUAUUACCCGGGAGUUAUUCUCGGCUUUGGAUCAUUCCUUGGAAUCAUCGGAUCAAACCUUGUUGAGAACAAACGACAGAUGCUGGUGGCUUCUAUCGUCUUUAUCAGCUUUGGUGUGAUUGCAGCUUUUUGUUGUGCCAUAGUUGAUGGGGUCUUUGCUGCCAGACACAUUGACCUGAAACCACUCUAUGCUAACCGGUGCCACUAUGUCCCCAAGACAUCCCAGAAGGAAGCUGAAGAGGUCAUAAGUUCCUCAACCAAAAAUUCUCCUUCCGCGAGGGUUAUGAGGAACCUUACCCAGACAGCUAGAGAGGUGAACUGCCCUCACCUCAGUCGUGGAUUCUGCACUCCUCGCAUCCGGGGUAACACCUGCUUCUGCUGUGACCUCUAUAACUGUGGCAACCGAGUGGAGAUCACUGGCGGGUACUACGAAUACAUCGAUGUCAGCAGCUGCCAAGACAUCAUCCACCUCUACCACCUGCUCUGGUCCGCUACCAUCCUCAACAUUGUUGGUCUGUUCCUGGGCAUCAUCACUGCUGCUGUGCUUGGAGGCUUUAAGGACAUGAACCCAACUCUCCCGGCACUGAACUGUUCUGUAGAAAAUGCCCAUCCAACUGUUUCUUACUAUGCCCGUCCCCAAGUGGCAUCCUACAAUACCUACUACCAUAGUCCUCCUCACCUGCCACCAUAUUCCGCUUAUGACUUUCAGCAUUCCAGUGUCUUUCCGUCCUCCCCUCCCUCUGGACUUUCUGAUGAACCCCAGUCUGCCUCUCCCUCGCCCAGCUACAUGUGGUCCUCAAGUGCCCCACCCCGUUAUUCUCCGCCGUACUAUCCACCUUUUGAAAAGCCACCACCUUACAGUCCCUAAAGAGAAAUGGCUACUGGCUACUAAGAUUAUUGUGGCUUUUGUAUUUCUGCUUUAGUGGAAGUGUAUAGGGUGCAAAUUUUAAAGUGUGACUCUCAUGCCUAAUUUAAAGUUUUACAAUGGUCUGCCAGGCUAGGGAAAGAUAGGGUGAAGCUCAUUUGUUAUCAGUGCAGAGCAGAGGUGGCUAGGCAGAGCCCAGCGCUUGCUCCUGAUAAGGGCAGUUCACACUAAGCAAGGCUGGGGAGCCAGGCCAGCAAGCUUUGCAUGUUUAGACCUGCAUUACCCACUGGCUCCACCUCUGUAGUCUGCAGAAGAGUGGUUGCCAUCUAUUUCACUUCAGGGGAAUGAAGUGUUGUUUUCAAGCCCCUGGCAGAUUGCCACCCGAGCCCCAUGGUUGAAGCACCUGGCUUAUAGGCCCUAUCUUUCCCUACCACUACAGUCCCUAAGAAAAAUUUCCCAGCUGAUGGGGCUAUACAGUAGUUCCAGUACAGAGAGUUCUGGCUAAGAUUUUGUUUGCUGUGUCUGGACAGUGAAAAAAGCUUCCCGUACCUUUUAUUCCUUUCUUGAGUAUUGUACAAAUGGUUGUUGUGAUCAUUUAGCUCAGCUUUUGUCAUUGGUACCUCCUAAAGGGAAAAGUGCAAUAUUCCCUCAUCUUGAGUAGUGAGGAACAGGACUGAGCAUUCAGGAAGUACUGAAUACGCAGAGCAACAUGUGAGAUGUUUUAAAGGAAUCUGAUAACUUACAAGACAGUGGUUCUAUUACAUGUUGCAUUAUUACAAAAUACACUUGCUACAGGAGAUAUAGAUCUUACAGUUAAAAUUCAGAGUUAAAAAAAAUGCUAGAUGAGGUUCUUGGGGUGUGAUAUGAAUUGUUACUAAUCUUUAUGACUAUUUAAUCUUCAAAUACUGUGCUUCAACCCCAGCAAGUCGCACGUAUCCUGCACCCCACUCCAAAAGAAUCAUUGUAUUUUAAUGCCACUGCUCUUACUGGUCCCUUUUUUUCUGUUGAGACCAAUCAUGACAGUGUCCAAUUCAAGGUUAUGGAAGUGUUACGAUGCCGCUUGAAGUCUGCAAAACCUCAAAUGUAGACAACUUGAUAAAUUCUUAGUGUUACUGUAGACUUAAAAUCCAUCUGGCACAUUGUGGCAUUUGUACAGUUCUUUUAAUUACACAUAGCUUUAAACCAUCGACCAGAUGAAUUUAAAACACUUUGGCAUCCAUGCCUUCACUUCAGAUCAAACACUUUCACUGCACUAAGUUAGCCUGAGAACCGACUGAUUUAAAGACUGAUAAUCCUACACUUGCAUACUUUAAAAAUACAGGGGCUAUGGAGGGUAUCUAAUUAAGCAGUUCUGCAAACACAGAAUGCAUACUGGAAAAAUUUUCAGCCAAUUUUGCUACCUCCCAACUUGAUGGAUUAGAGGUAGCAGACAAAUGCUGGUGCUCCCAUUUACCUUGAAGCCACCCAGCCAUCAAGAAUCAAGGCACGAGAAGUGCAUUCAUUGUUCACAGUAAAUGUUUGCAGAACACUGAGUUUAACUUUCAGCAUUAUGAAUGUUGUUUCAUUCAGAUCUCAAAUCCUAAAAAAAAACUAUCAUCCUUUUGCAUUAUACAAAUUACUGUUAUUUUCUAAAGUUUUGAGUAUAUUAAAAUUCUACUGGAUUUCAAAUAGGGACUGAAAACCAACUGACUCACUAUACAAAUAUCAACUUGUAUUCUCAAUGAAAUUUUUUUGCAUUUACAUUUUACCUUUUGCUUUAGUCAAUGUGUCUUGAGUAUUUUAUUUUUAAAAAGGCACCAUUACACAGUAUAUCCAUUGAUCACAUUUCUUAAAGUGUUAAGAUUCUAUGACUCAUUUCUAUGUAUUUUUCUUACUUUACAAAAUAACUUGAAACAGUAUAGAUUUUGUAACACUUAAUUUUAGCAGCUUCUUUUUCUAUUACAUUGAACUAUAUAAAGUGCAUGUUAUCACAGAAAAAAUUAAUAUUUGCUGCUUUACUUUUUUGCAAAACAUUUGCUGUAAUGAAGGAAUUUGUAUUUCCAAUAUGUACCUUGACUGCAUUUUUGUAAUAUUUACUGCUUUAUUCCUAAUUCUGCUUUAAAGUAUUAAACUGGGCAUGAAACAUAUUUAAUCCAGAAUCUGUAUAAACUGGAUGUUGCUUAAAAUCUGUAUCACUGCCACGUUUGAAACCCAGAAUGCUUUUGUGAUGUUUCAAAUUAAUAAAACUAUCAUCC